AUGGGUCAAUCUGUUACAACUCCCCUAAGCCUCACCUUGCAGCAUUGGUGGGACGUACAGGACACCGCGGCCAAUCAAUCGCUGGAGGUCCAAAAAAAAAUGGGUCAUUUUUUGUUCGUCUGAAUGGCCAACCUUCAAUGUAGGGUGGCCCCGGGACGGACUUUUAAUCUUUCUAUUAUUUAACAGGUCAAGAGAAAGGUGAUGGACCCAGGCCCUCACGGGCAUCCUGACCAGGGGGCUUACAUCGUUACCUGGGAGGCCCUAGCAUACAACCCCCCGCCAUGGGUCAAGCCUUUUGUCACCCCAAAGGCUCCCCCUCCUUUGACUCCGUCAGCCCCUGCUCUCUCAUCCCCCCUUCUCCCAACCCCAGCCCGAUCCUCCCUAUACCCAGCUCUCACCAAGCCUUCCACCAAGUCUCCGCAGGAAAAGGACUCAAGCAGAAGCCCAAAGUCCUCCCGCCAGGAGAGGAUCUUUUGAUGGACCUCCUCACCGAGGACCCCCGCCAUACCAGGAUGCGGGACCCCCCCUGAGGCUGCUGAAGCAGCCCCGGAGGCCCCGCUCCAGGAACCAGCCCCAUCACCCAUGGCUGCGUGCCUCCGGGAUUGCCGGGAGCCCCCGCCCGACUCCACCUCAUAUGCUUUGCCCCUGCGAACUGGACCGGGCGGUCAGCAGCAAUACUGGCCAUUUUCAGCCUCCGAUCUAUAUAACUGGAAGCAUAACAAUCCUCCCUUUUCUAAGGAUCCCUCUAUGCUAACCUCUUUGAUUGAAUCCAUCCUAGUCACUCAUCAACCCACCUGGGACGACUGUCAGCAGCUGCUGCAAGCGCUGCUGACCUCUGAAGAAAAGCAGAGGGUGUUCUUGGAGGCUCGGAAAAAUGUGCCGGGCGAAAACAGUCGCCCUACGCAGUUACCCAAUGAGAUUGAGGCUGCGUUCCCCUUGGAACGACCCAACUGGGACUUCCACACCCCUGAAGGUAGGACCCACCUACCUCUCUACCGCCAGUUGCUCAUAGCGGGUCUCCAUGGGGCUGCCAGACGCCCCACCAAUCUGGCACAGGUGAAACAGGUAAUACAGGGACCAGAAGAGACUCCCUCAGCUUUCCUAGAGCAUCUUAAGGAAGCCUACCGCAUAUAUACUCCUUAUGACCCCGAGGAUCCAGGAUGUAACCUGGCCAUGUCCUUCAUCUGGCAGUCAGCACCAGAUAUUAGAAAGAAACUUGAAAGGUUAGAUAAUCUCAAGGAGCAGACAAUUCAGGACUUGCUUAAGGAAGCGGAACGGAUUUUCAAUAAGAGGGAGACUCAGGAAGAGAGGGACGAGAGACUCAAGAAGGAAACAGAGAAGAGGGAUGAAAGGCUUAGAAAGGAGGCGGAAGAAAGGGAUAACAAGAGGGAACGAAAAAGAAACCAGGAAUUCAGUCGGUUGCUGGCCACCGUAGUAUCAGGACAGAGACAGGACAGACAGGAGAGAGACGAAAGAAAGGGACCCCGGGUCGAUAGAGAUCAGUGUGCUUACUGCAAAGAGAGGGGACAUUGGGCGAGAGAAUGUCCCAAGAAUCCUCACAGAUCUAGGGGCCCCAAGCCACAGGUCUCGCUCCUUUCCCUAGAUGACGACUAGGGAAGUCAGGGCCAGGAGCCCCCCCCCGAGCCCCGGGUAACACUCAAUGUUGGGGGGCAACCAGUCACCUUCCUAGUCGAUACGGGAGCCCAGCAUUCAGUCCUCACCCAGUCUGCAGGACCACUCAGUGAGCGAACUGCCUGGGUACAAGGUGCCACGGGUGGGAAGCGAUAUCAUUGGACCACCGAACGCAAGGUGCAGCUGGCGACUGGUAAAGUAACCCACUCCUUCCUGCACGUUCCAGACUGCCCAUAUCCAUUGCUGGGGCGAGAUUUACUCACCAAAUUAAAGGCCCAAAUUCAUUUUGAAGGGAAGAAAAUUCAUGUGGCAGGGCCAAACGGGGGCCCCCUACAGGUAUUAACCUUACAAUUGGAAGAAGAAAAUCGACUGUAUGAACAUGACCAUGAGACUCAGGGGCCCACAGACUUGGACACUUGGCUUGAGAAGUACCCCUUGGCAUGGGCAGAGACAGGAGGUAUGGGGCUCGCUUUACAGCAGCCCCCCUUGGUCAUAGAUCUAAAGGCCACAGCGACCCCAGUUUCAAUUAAACAAUACCCCAUGUCAAAUGAAGCCUACCAAGGGAUAAGGCCCCAUAUAAAGAGAUUGUUAGACCAAGGUGUUUUAAUCCCCUGCCGGUCUCCUUGGAAUACCCCCCUUCUCCCGGUGAAGAAACCUGGAACCGGGGACUAUAGGCCAGUACAAGACCUCAGGGAAGUCAAUAAAAGGGUUGAGGACAUACAUCCAAUGGUCCCCAAUCCAUAUAAUUUACUGAGCACUGUGUCACCGUCUCAUACUUGGUAUACAGUGCUAGAUUUGAAGGACGCCUUCUUCUGUCUCAGGUUGCACUCCAAGAGUCAACCUCUUUUUGCCUUUGAAUGGAAGAACCCUGAACUGGGGAUUUCAGGCCAAUUAACUUGGACCAGACUCCCACAGGGCUUCAAGAACAGUCCCACCCUCUUUGAUGAGGCCUUGCACCGAGACCUCGCGGACUUCAGAGUUCAGCAUCCGUCACUAAUCUUGCUCCAAUAUGUGGAUGACCUCCUACUGGCAGCCCCCACCGAACAUGACUGCCGACAAGGUACGGGGGCCCUGUUACAGACUCUGGGGCGGCUGGGCUAUCGAGCAUCUGCAAAAAAGGCCCAACUAUGCCAGACUGAGGUGACUUAUUGGGGAUAUAUAUUAAAAGGGGGGCAGCACUGGCUCACCGAGGCGCGGAAAAAGACUGUGGCCAAUAUACCCCCACCCCGAAGCCAUCGUCAGUUGCGGGAAUUCCUGGGGACAGCUGGGUUUUGCCGCUUAUGGAUACCAGGAUUCGCAGAGAUGGCAGCCCCCCUAUACCCCCUCACCAAACAGGGGGUCCCCUUCACAUGGACAGAUGAACAUCAACAGGCUUUUGAAAAUAUUAAGAGGGCCCUCCUAUCCUCCCCGGCUCUAAGCUUGCCUGACAUCACAAAGCCUUUCGAACUGUUCAUUGAUGAAAAACAAGGAUAUGCCAAAGGGGUCCUGACACAGAGACUGGGGCCAUGGAAACGCCCGGUAGCCUACCUGUCUAAGAAGUUAGACCCAGUGGCCACCGGCUGGCCCCCUUGCUUGAGGAUGGUGGCAGCUAUAGCCGUUCUCAUAAAGGACGCUGGCAAGCUGACUUUGGGACAGCCUCUGACUAUUCUAGCGCCCCAUGCUGUUGAGGCACUAGUCAGACAGCCCCCGGACAGAUGGCUCUCUAAUGUCCGCAUGACGCAUUAUCAAUCCUUGCUGUUGGACACGGACCGAGUCCAAUUUGGGCCGGUGGUUGCCAUUAAUCCGGCCACCCUGCUACCCCUGCCGGAGGAGCCCGAUCAGCACGACUGCCAACAGAUCCUAGCGGAAAUGCAUGGGACUCGGAGAGACUUGACUGAUCAGCCCCUUCCAGAUGCAGACCACACCUGGUACACCGAUGGAAGUAGUUACCUGCUGAACGGUGAGCGCAACGCGGGAGCUGCGGUUACCUCAGAAACUCAGGUAAUCUGGGCAAGUGCAUUGCCGGGUGGCACCUCGGCCCAACGGGCUGAGCUUAUUGCCCUGACACAGGCUCUCAAGCUGGCAAAAGAUAAAAAGCUUAAUGUCUAUACCGACAGCCGGUAUGCUUUUGCCACAGCCCAUAUCCAUGGGGAAAUUUACCGGAGGAGAGGGCUGCUGACUUCAGAAGGCAAAGACAUUAAGAACAAACCUGAAAUCCUAGAGCUACUAAAAGCUCUGUUCCUGCCCCAAAAACUGAGCAUCAUCCAUUGCCCGGGGCAUCAAAAAGGGAAUAGCCCACAGGCACGGGGCAACCGACUGGCUGAUAUGACAGCACGCGAGGUGGCCUGUCAGGCGCUUCCCCUCACCACUGGGAAACAACUCCCCAAAGGACGCCCAUACAGUGAAGAGGACAUUGACCUCCUUAAGAAAAUGGGGGCUACAUACCGGGCCGACCAGGGAGAUUGGACAUAUCAAGGCAAGCCUGUCCUGCCUAUGAAACAGACUUAUGAGCUGAUUAACUACCUGCAUAAGCUGACCCAUCUUAGCCCCAAAAAGAUGAAAACUCUCCUGGACCGGGAAGAAGGCAUCCACUAUCUGUUGGGAAGAGAUGUCAUUUUACAGACUGUGGCUGAACAAUGUAAGGCCUGCGCCCAGGUGAAUGCAGGGAGGACGAAAAUAGGACCAGGGGUCCGGGUAAGAGGGCACCGACCUGGCACCCACUGGGAAAUUGACUUUACUGAGGUGAAACCUGGACUAUAUGGAUAUAAAUAUCUGUUGGUGUUCAUAGACACUUUUUCGGGUUGGGUUGAGGCUUUCCCCACCAAACAUGAAACAGCUAAAGUAGUGACUAAGAAACUUUUGGAAGAGAUCUUCCCUAGAUAUGGGAUGCCCCAGGUAUUGGGCACUGACAACGGGCCAGCCUUCGUCUCUCAGGUAAGUCAGUUGGUGGCCAGGCUAUUAGGGAUUGAUUGGAAAUUACAUUGUGCUUACCGACCCCAAAGCUCAGGACAGGUAGAACGCAUGAACAGAACCAUUAAGGAGACUUUAUCUAAAUUAACGCUUGCAACUGGCUCAAGAGACUGGGUGCUCCUACUCCCCCUAGCCCUAUAUCGGGCCCUGAACACCCCGGGCCCCCAUGGACUCACACCCUUUGAGAUCAUGUAUGGAGCCCCACCUCCUUUCAUAAACUUCUUUGACUCGAAUAUUUCUGAUUAUGCUAAUAGCCCCUCUCUGGAAGCUCACUUACAGGCACUCCAGCUGGUCCAGAGAGAAGUCUGGAAGCCCCUGGCCGCAGCCUAUCGAGAACAACUGAACAAACCGGUAGUUCCCCAUCCCUUUCAAGUAGGAGACGUCGUUUGGGUCCGCAGGCAUCAGACUAAGAACUUGGAACCUCGGUGGAAGGGGCCUUACACUGUUCUGCUGACCACUCCGACAUCGAUCAAGGUGGACGGAAUUGCCUCCUGGGUCCACGCUUCCCACGUCAAGGCAGCACACCCGGUUGAGAAAGAGCAGCCAUGGAGAGUCCAGCGUACCCAAAACCCACUAAAGCUAAGACUUACGCGGGUUGUUCCCUUAUCUGUUAAUCUCUGUCUGGCAGACCUGUCUAUUGGCAUGAAUCCCAUGUAUCAUCCAGUUCUUCUGGCUGGUAUGGGCUUUACCUUUGUCUAUGGAGUCUGUUCUUCCGACUGGUAUAGGUUUUGCCUGUUCCUGCUCUUCUGA